AUGCACCUUGCUUAUCAUUUACUGCAUUAUAACUAUCACUGGGUAACUCUGAUCCUAUUUUUGGCGUUCACCAUUCGCAACCACCUAGGACAAUAUUACCUUGAUGUUGCAGCCAGCAUCGCGAAGGGAAUUUCACCCACACUCCUUGUUGGUUGGGUAGUGGCAGGACACAUGUGCCCUCAUGAAGAACGUGAUGAAACUUCCAUGGUGUCCACUAUUCAUUUCCAGAUGUCUUUGCAAUAUUUGCAACCUUUCACUUCAAGCUUUCAGGAAUCCACCAUGCAAAGCGCAGCCCUUGAAAUGGACAUUGAAGCCCAGAUGGAGAAUUAG